CAAAGGAUUUCUCUUCUGAUCUACUAUUCAUCUAGAUUCCCUGCAAAAGGGCUUUUUUCGAAGAGCUUUUAUGUAGGCACGUGUGUUCAGCACCGGGCAAGCAGGAGAGGUAAUUGUUUGGACGCAGCAUAGUCCCAACCAUGAGCAUUUUCAAUAUGCUUCUGAGAAACGUUGUCAGACGUUCUGUCUUCCCAUUUGCCAUGAAGGAGAGAAGAAAGAAUGGCUUGUUUUUAACAUCUUUCUAUAAAACAUUUCCACACAGAACUCUGAAUUUGUCACCUUGCUUGAAGGACGCUGAACCUAACCCCUCUCAGAAGCUGAAUUUGGAUGAAUGGAAAAAUGUUAUGAAAUCGAGACGGCAAGAGGAAAUCUGUGAGCCUACGUCCAAAUGCGAGGAGGAUUCCACUUUAACUGCCAUGCGGGAGUUUGUGGAGAUGCGGAGGCUAGCUAGCAGAUCUGUUCCUAAAAAUGUGACUGAAGAAGCGUUAAAGACCCUUAUGGAACUUCCCACAAAGUCAUCAAGACUUAAAUAUUUGAAAUUCUUAGCUGAGAAAGAGAAAAAAAUAAAUGCCAGGAAGGCAAAGCAGGAAAAGAAAAAGCAAGACCAGGAGGAACUGCUGGGAACUGUUGAGAAAAGGGAUACCGAUGAGCUAAAGAAUACUUUGUUGAGACGGUUCAACAUCAAUACUAUGGAAAACUUGCAUAGUUGGAGGGCUGCUAACGCUAUGAUCUUUGGCCAACCUCUGGUAUUCGAUAUGGUUUAUGAAAAUUGCAUGUCACGCGCUGAACUGGGGAACGCAGUGGACCAGAUGAUGGAAUGUGAAGGGUUUAAUAGAAAGUCUGUAGAUCCAUUCCACUUACACUACUGUAACCUCAGUGUAGAUGGGCCAUAUCAUAAGGGGUUUAGCAAGCGCUAUGGAGAGGCAUGGGACAAAUUACUCGUGACAGUGACAGAACAGUGUUACACAAAUCUCUUUCCAAGAGACAGGCUCAUCUAUUUAACACCUGAUUCCCGUAAGAUAAUGACGACAUUUGAGCACGAUAAAAUUUACAUAAUUGGGUCAUUGGUUGACAAGACUGGACAGCCGCGAAGUAGCUUUGCUCAAGCAAGGCGGCUAAAUUUGCCAACUGCUAAGCUCCCCCUGGAUAAGUACUUGCGGUGGACCAGUGGUAGAAAAAGUCUAACGCUGAACCAGAUGCUUUGCAUUUUACUAACUUUAAAAGAAACUGGUGAUUGGAAGAAAGCUCUGCAGUUUGUUCCACAAAGGUGCUAUGACGGUUUUGUAGAUGUAGACUUGCUUUCCAGGCUUAAUGAUGCAAAAUUUUAGAAAUCACCAGGAACAGUGAAUUUGGUAAACUACUGUACAAAGCAAAGAAAGGGUGGAAAGAGGAGGUUUCUAAGAAGCAAAUCCCUCAAACAUGCCUGCGUUUCUUCUCAAUGGGGAAUUCCCUGCAAAAAGCCAAGGGCAGAACUUAGUCCUCAGAAAGUACUGUCGGUACCUAAAAACUUUAAAAGAAGAGCUGCCUGAAAUGAGAUGCUGUGUAUAACCUGACUAUUUCUGCUAUUUACACAGAAGCUUAUUAAUCAUCUUGUUCAAACAUCUCUAGGAGUCUUUGAUUACCAAAUAUAAAAUUCACUUACAGUAAA